CUUCCUUCUUUUCUUCUUACACUUCGUUCUAGGGUUCGUAUCAGAACUCAGAAGCAAAGCAGAUUUGCCAUUUCAUGUAUUUUGUGGCACGCUAACAAAUUUCCUCUCUGUUCGUUCUGAACCUUCACGAUGUCGCCGAUGGUUCGGAGAGUGGCUGCCGUUGCAUUGUCUUCUGCAUCAUGCUUCAUUCGUACUCCUCUCUCUCACAAAGGUAUUUCCGAUGCAGUCUUACGUUGUUCCUCUGCUUUAUGUUGUCGGAGAAUGGCUUACUCUAGUGUCGGAGACAGCGAUAUGUCGUUCAGAGAGAGAUUGAGACGUGGGUUUGCUGAUAGUAAUGUCGACGAAGCUGUUGCUUUGUUCCAUCAGAUGGCUCGAUCUCGCCCCCUCCCUUCAAUUAUCGAUUUCAAUAUGUUAUUGAGUGCCAUCGCCAGGAUGAAACGGUAUGAUGUUGUGAUUUUGCUUUGCAAAUCAAUGGAAUUGCUUGGGAUUUCACAUGAUUUGUGCACCUUCAAUAUUCUGAUAAAUUCUUUCUGUCGCUCACGUCAAGCGGUCUUAGGAUUUUCAGUUUUGGGACAGAUCAUGAAGUUGGGUUACGAACCUAGUGCUGUCACAUUCAACACCCUGAUCAAUGGGUUCUGCAUCCUAGGUGAAGUUUCCGCAGCUUUAGGCUUGAUGGAACGAAUGGUGGAUGCGGGACUUCAACCUGAUGUCGUAACAUUUAAUACUGUCGUCAACGGACUUUGUCUCAAGGGUAGAAUUCAUGAGGCAGUAACUUUGACAGAGCGGAUGGUAGAAAAAGGCUCUCAACCCGAUACUGUUACUUAUAACACCAUUUUGAAUGGGAUUUGCAAGCUAGGGGAUUCUACUUUAGCUUUGGAUUUGGUCAAGACGAUGGAGAAAAGGUGCACGAUGGUCACUGUCGUAACAUAUAAUACGAUUAUCGAUUGUCUUUGCAAAUCUGGGAACAUCGACGAUGCGUUGGGCGUUUUCAGUAACAUGAAUAGUCAAGGAGUUGUAUCGAAUGUUAUUACUUAUAACACUUUGAUUAAUGGCCUCUGCAGUUCAGGCAGAUGGAACGACGCCUCACAAUUUUUGAAGGAUAUGAUCAGAAGGAAAAUCAUGCCCGAUGUUGUUACUUUCUCCGGUUUAAUCGAUAAAUUCAUUAAAGAGGGGAUGUGUCUAGAGGCUAAAGAACUGUUCGAGCUGAUGCUCCAAAGAGGUCUGGUUCCAGAUACGAUCACUUAUACUUCACUGAUUGAUGGGUUUUGCAUGCAGAAUCGCCUUGAUGAAGCAAGACAAAUGUUUGAUUCUAUGGUUACCAUGGGAUGUUUUCCAAAUGUAGUGACGUUUGGUGCUCUCAUAAAUGGAUACUGCAAGUCUGGUAAGCUUGAUGAGGGUCUCGAACUCUUUAGCGAGAUGUCUCGAAGAGGGGUGGCUGCUAAUAACAUAAUUUACAAUUCUCUCAUUCAAGGAUCUUGCCAGACAGGCAACCUUGAUGCCGCCCAGACGCUUUUCUUCGAGAUGCAAUGUCACGGUCCACUUCCUGAUCUAAUAACUUACACGAUUUUGCUUGAUGGACUAUGUAAAAAUGGAAAACUGGAUGAAGCAUUAGAAUUAUGCAGCAAGAUGGAAAAGGAUGGGAUGAGCCUUGAUAUAGUUGUAUAUAGUAUUUUCAUCCAUGGCAUGUGUAAGGCGGAAAAGGUUGACGAGGCAUUGCAAUUGUUUAAUUUGCUUUCGGAUAAAGGGGUGGAACCAAAUGUGAUAACAUAUAAUACGAUGAUUUCGGGACUCUGUCGGAGAGGUUUAUUUGGUGAAGCCGAGAAGUUAUUUAGUGAGAUGAAAGAGACUGGUUGUUUGCCGAAUGAUCGUACAUACAACACAUUAAUCCAGGGUUAUCUAAAUCACGGAUACACGUUAAAGGGUAUCAAACUUAUAAAAGAAAAGAAGAGAUGCGGGUUCUCUGGAGAUGCGUCAACGACAAAGAUUGUGGUAGAUAUGCUAUGUGACGGUAGGUUGGACAAAGAGUUUUUGGGUUCUCUUUGAUAAUGGACCUUGCUUCCUGUGAUGGCAGUCAUCUGAGUACGAGACAGCCCGGUAAGGUUAUGAGGAAAGAUGAGAUGGAGUGCCAACUUCAUCUUUGAUGCAGAAGUCAACUUAACAAAGUCUUCUUGCUGAGGAAGACAUCACAAUAAGGUUGGCAUGGAACCUACUCUGGUUGCAUCAAUCAUUCUACAGAUCAUUUUCUCAUGUUUGUCUCAUGAUGAAGCUGAAUUUAUAAGGGUUGAUCUGCUUAUCCUUCGGUUCACGCUCUUAUGGGGUCGAUGAUGCAUUGGUCCGAUCUGACACCAACUAAAACUCGUCUCUUGGUCCCGACAGCCGCCGUGGUUGCCGAAACUUGGCGGAUGAGUCUGUUAAACAGCAAACCCAACCCAUUAAAUGGAAAAAGGGAUGUUUCGGUUGGUCCGUUUUGUACUAUUGGUUCUUCGGAAAAGCUGGGCGAUGGAUGCAAACUAUAUCCUUCUAGCCACAUCUUUGGGAACACAAAAUUGGGGGAUUCUUGCGUCCUUAUGACGUAGGCCGGUUUUGCUCUUCUGACCAGUGGUAUAUGGUAUUUCCUCUCAAUUUUUUAACGUUGUUCUGGUGUGUGUGUGUAUAUGCCUUGAUUUUUGUCAGCCAGUGGUGCUGUUGUUGAUGAUGAUGAUCUUCCCGAGUUAUAGGGUAUAGCAACGUUAUUGGUCGCCAUGCUGUGGUUGGUCUUAAAUGCCAAGACAUGAAAUACAAGUGAUCAGAAAAUGAUAACUUGUCAUAUUCCGUGUUACGGGUACUCUGCUUAAGAGUUGAGACCAAUUCAAAAGCCUGUGUACUGACCUGGGGGCUGGACGUUUUGUUUUACUUUUCAGGCCGGGGGUAAUUGCUUUCUUCACAUUGGUAAUAACAAUGAGAUCAGAGAGUUCUGUUCGAUUCACAGAUCAUCAAAGUCCACCGAUGCUGGUUAUUGACCGAUAUGAGCAAAAUCUCUAGUCUUUAUGAAGUGUGUUCUUACAGUCUCUCUGUGGAACAGGUCAUUGGUGAGAACAAUCUAAUAAUGGGUUCUUGCCAUAUAUUGCUCAUGAUUGCAAGAUCGGUGACAACAACAUAUCUGCCAACAAUACUCUUCUUGCAGGCCAUGUGGUCGUAGAGGUAAAUAUUAACUAUACACACACAGCAGGAGCCACUGUGGUUCACCAGUUUUGCCACAUUGGUUCUUUCUCUUGCAUCAGUGGUGGUUCAGUGGUAUGUCCUUUCUCAGAGCUCUUCUUACAGGCCAUGUGGUCGUAGAGGACUAUACACACAGCAGGAGCCACUGUGGUUCACCAGUUUUGCCAUGUUGCUACUUGAAUGGCAUGAUUAUUUAGAGAUGUUGCAGGAACAAGGCAGAGAUCAGUACGGAGUUCCCGUGGUGCGGGAAAUGGUGCAGUCAAUCUGGGAUUCUUUCUGUGAAAACCGUCGUGGGAUCUACAAGUUGAGGCAGUGGUCGGGUUCUUGAGUAUCACUGCCUAGUCUUCUCUCCCUUGUUUGGUUGUAUAUAGACCUCUUCGAUGUGUGUUCAAUCACAAACAAUGGCUGAAGCUACCUUUAAUAGAAUUUUUGCUUUGGUACCAAAAAGUACAUAUUGGUUUGAAGAA